CGGCACUUGCCCAUUCCUAUGGGUGAAGGGAGCCCCGACCUGAGGUUGAUUACAUCUCUAAGAGACGCAGCUAAGGUUUAGCUAUCUGCUGGUGUAUUCGCGCUCUACGUCAGUCUUGUUAUUGGCUAACCAGAUGCAUCUCUGAAAGGGGAUAGUGACUGGUCAUCUUUUCUGCGCCAUGACCGAACCAGUGGAUCUAACACUGAAAGUAAAUCCUUUACGAUUAGGAGUACAGAGUAAUGGGAAAGGAUUGAAGGUGGCUCAGGCUUACUCCGUACAGAAGAAUCGCUAAUAAUGCAGGGCCACUUUUGGGUGUAUAUUGGCUGUGUCACAUUGUGUAUCCGCCUGAUCAUAUCUUCACUCUCUUUGGGCUCCUCUCAAAAGCUACGGGCAUCACAUGAUCAGCGGAGAUGCCAAUGUUUCCGGUCCCCCGUUCUCUCCCGACACUUCCUGAUCAGUCUUGACCGCUUUAGGUUCACCGGGUGUAAGCCAGUCGAUGGAGCGGAAAGCUGCAAGGCAUCGGGGUAAUCCGGAAUGCUGCUUGGAACGGCCGAAUAGCGAGUCUGAGUCCGUUUUCGUGCCUCUCGCAGUUGCUCACGUUCACAUGAGUUAGAGUGUAGCAGUUUUGUCUUUCCUUUGGUGUGAGUGACAAGGUACUUAGCGCAGGACGGAGUACUUCGUGCCGCUAUUGCAACGGACUUUCUCGUUGAAGCGACGCUGCAACUGAUUUGGGAUAUUAAGAGUGUUGCAAGUACGGGUACCUAUAGGUGAUGUGUAGUACGGAGUAAAAUACUCCAGUUUCAGUCGAAGCCGAGUGCAUUUUCUGAUCCCCUUCGGCAUCUGUCUCUUCCUGUAUCCUAGUUUUCUCCCAGACUUCUGCAUGUCUGAUGACGUUUUUAUGGUCUGAUCCUAUAUCGUCGCUUACAAGCGAGCAAAUGAUAAUACUAGGUCCUUUACUAGCUUUUAGGCUCGCUACUUCCUGCUUGUUUCCUACAUCUUUUUGCCAGUUAUUAAUAGGCUAACUCAAUAUCCAUAGAGCAGACUUUUGGGUAUCUUA